AUGGAUGAUUUGUAUGUCACUUCGUCAACGGUAGAAGAAGCCCUCCAACAAAUGACACAACUACGAGGAUCUUUAUCUCGAGGUGGGUUCAACUUGAAUAAAUGGAACUCAAACAGUAAACCAUUCCUGGAUUCAAUUGAUCCAAAUAUUUUAGUCAGCCCUAAUGAUCCAACGCCUAAACAUCAACAAGUUCUCGGUGUUCACUGGAAUACCAACACUGACUGCUACUUCAUCGAUAACAAAAAGUUUGUAAAAAUUCUACGUAUUGGCAUUGCUACGCAACGGAAACUCCUGAAGUAUACCGCUUCUUUAUUUGACCCACUCGGAAUAGUGGCUCCAUUGACAAUUCGGAUUCGAAAAGUUCUCCAAUCUGUUUGGUCACAAGGUGUUAAGUGGGAUACUCCAUUAGACACGGAUAAACUUCCCGAUUUCAAACUUUGGGUAGACGAAAUGGAAAAUUUCGAAACUGUUUCAUUCCAGAGGAACUUCUUUGAUAAAGAAAACCCUGCUUCAAUCCAGCUUCACACGUUUUGUGAUGCAUCAGAAUUCGCUCUCGCUGCUGUUUGCUACCUAAGAAUAGUCUACAGCGACGGCUCCACAUCUUUGAAGUUUAUAAUAGGAAAGACAAGAGUCGCUCCUAUGAAACGUGUUACAAUUCCCAAUCUCGAGUUGCAAGCUGCAGUAUAUGCUGCCCAACUAUCGCUCUUUGUUUCAGAGGAAAUUGACCUCAAAGUUGAAAAAACUUAUUUCUGGUCUGACAGUACUACUGUUUUGUAUUGGCUGCGAACACCUGAAAUACGACACAAAAUUUUCGUCGCUAAUCGGCUUCAGAAAAUUUUAGACGUUUCUAAACCUGAACAGUGGUUUCACGUUCCAACUCUGCUAAAUCCUGCUGACGACGGUACCAGAGGAUACAUUGCUUUAGAAAUGACCUCAAGCUGUCGGUGGCUACUAGGACCGGAAUUUCUGUUGAACGAUUCUUCUCAAUGGCCUUCACAGGAAAACAUUCGGCUUGAGAACAUUCCUGUAUUCGUUACUUCAUUAGAGGCUAAAUUUGAGCCUAUAUUUGACAUCAAACGCUUCAGCAACUGGAAAAGACUAAUACGGACAGUUGCAUACUGCUUCUUAUUCGCAGAAAAUCUCAAACGGAAGAUCAACAAACAGUCGAAGGUCGAUCUUCAACUCUUGCAUCUAACGAAAUCGCACCUUCUCAUAAUUAAAACUGCCCAAAGGACAGAUUUUGUCUCUGAAAUUUCAGACAUCAAAAAAGAAAAACCAAUUGAAGGCAAAAGUAGACUUCGAACAUUAGCACCGUUUGUGGACAACUUCGGUAUCCUGCGUUCUCGUGGACGUCUCACGCGUGCCCCUAUCAUGCUAUCAGCUAGAUAUCCAAUCAUUCUCGCUGGUGAAAACCCCAAUGUUCGCCUGCUGUUAGCUAACAUCCAUGUUCUACAUUCCCACUGCGGAAAGGAACAAGCAAUGGCCAUAGCACAGGAAAACUACUGGAUUCUUCGCUGCCGCGUCCUGCUGAAAAGUAUCAUACACAGUUGUAUACCCUGCAGAAGAAUGCAACAACAAGUCGACUACCCUCAGAUGUCAGAUCUUCCAAUUGAUCGACUGCCAUCAAAAAAUCAUUUUCCUUUUGCAACGACUGGAUUGGACUACGUUGGACCUUUUCCCAUCAUCCUUCAAGGAAAACAAUACCAAGCGUAUAUUUUACUGUUCACAUGCUUAGUGAUCAGAGCUGUGCAUCUUGAAAUCUCAUUAGGACUAUCGACAGACAGCACUCUUCUUUGUAUCAGACGCUUUUUUGCCCGGCGAGGAAAACCAUCGAAAAUGGUUUCUGACUGUGGGACAAGUUUUGUGGGCUCCAAUUCUGAGCUGAAGAAAUGUCUAGACAACUUGGAAAAGAACAAAGAAUUUGUGGAAAGCAUCAAUCAGCUGGACGUAUCACUCGAAUGGAAAUUCAACCCUCCUGCGGCCCCUCAUUUUGGUGGUUCUUGGGAACGACUAGUUCAGAUAUUUAAACUUUCCCUGUACAAAGUCAUCGGAUCAAGAACACUCUCCUAUGAAACACUGGCUACUUUCACGACCGAAAUUGAAUCAACCAUGAAUUCACGACCUUUAACCAAUGUGUCUGACGACAUCAAAGAUGAUCUGCCUCUCACUCCCAACCAUUUCCUUCUUGGUCGUGGAACUCCAAAUUUACCGCCUGGUAUCUUCAAGGACAAGGAUUUAUCUCUGUCAAAAUCAUGGAAAGCAUCCCAACUACUCGCAGAUCACUUCUGGAAUCGCUUUCUUCGAGAGUACUUACCAGGUCAGCAGAAACGAUCAAAGUGGACUUCUGCGACUUCCAAUUUGCAACCCGACGACAUGGUCUGGAUGUUGGAGGAUUUUACACCUCGUGUACUGUGGCCUCUUGCUAAAGUGGUGGAAACCUUUCCUGGACAAGAUGGAAUAGUCCGCUCAGUGAAGCUGAAAACGCCAACUGGAUUCAAAGUUCGACCUGUGGUCAAAUUGAGCCGCGUUUUCCCAGUUUCGCAGUGGGCAGUCAAGUCCAAAUUGGCCCAGGGUGCGAACAUCAACUACAGGUCAAUUCUGCUGCAGGUGGACCACUUCAAACUCCUGCUCAACAUGCAAUCUGCCAACACAAAAGAUUCAUCUGGAAUUCUGAAGAUAGUGAAAAAGUGUUACUCGGAGGAGAAUAAAGUGCUGAAAAAUGACGCCUCAGUUCCAGCGUGUAUCUACAAGGACUACACGAAAGAACGGAGAAAAUUUGAUCUACUCCCCGAUGCAAAAUCAGGUAGUAGUCACAGGUUUUUGGCUGCCGUGUUAACAAAAAGUGAACCAGGAUUUUGGGAACCAAUCGCCUUGACCUUUUCCAAAAAAUGCAGCGGAACAGAAGUAUACUACAAACAAGUAGUCGACGAAGUAGUCGACAGCGACGCGAUUCGAUGGGAACAAAAAAACGAAGAGAUUGCGACAAUGCAGGAAGAAGACGAAGUGAUUGCGCAAGUAUUCUACUGGACAGGAACAGCAGAUGAAAUGAACGAUAUGCCUUCAUUGGGAACGAAACUUAUUCCGAAGGAGCAGGCAAUUCAGUACGGACCUGAGGCACUGGCCUACUGGUCAAGAUGGGAUGAGUUGAGUAUUCGUUGA